AUGGUUGUACUAAUUAAUGUCGCAUGUGAAUGUCUUCUCAUUGCAAGUUGUCUCUUUUCAAUUCGAAAAAUCGUUAAUUCCGAUCAUCGAAGCGUCUUUUCCACGAAUUACACACCAAAAAAUCCUCUCGCUUUCAUCAUUCUUUUUGCUUCCAUUGCCUUUGCAGCUUGCUUGGGAAUUAUUAAUUAUGCUUCUUUGAAUUCACAAUUGGCAUCUUACCACCCCAUUGUUUCUAGAUAUGUUGGAUCUCUAAUCAUGCCACUUCUUCUUCCAUUUGGUGUUGUUCAAUCGAUUGGAUAUGGCCCGAUUAGAAUUACUCCUUCAGUGGGACAAGUAAUUUUGACAGCAUUGAUCGCAUUUAUUGGAGCUGUCAUUUACAAUGAACAGGUCGCUGGAUUAAGAAGUGGAUUGUUUUCAAUUCCACAUUCUGCUGAGGAGUUGUUGAGUGUUGGAUCAGUUGUAUUUUGCUUGCUUUAUGCAAUUUAUGGAUAUUUGACAGCUGGCAGCAGUGCUUCCACUAUUCGUUUCAAAUGCUUACACAUGAUUUAUGCAGUAGUGACUAUGAUUGUUGCUGACUCGAUCUUGAAGAAUAAGUUAUUGGGUGGAAUGGAUGUAAGCCCUUUUGAAAAAGUUGACUUGUUUCACAUCAUCUUUUCCUUUUCCAUGAUUUUCUUAGGAAAUGUGGCUGUUGGAGGUUUUUAA